UAUGGUUGGGACACGAAAGACAUAGCUCGUCAAUAAGAAACUGUCAAAUCUGUUUAGGCUAUUAGUUCUACAUAAUUCAUAAAGUGUUUGAUAAAGUGUCAAACAAAUUACAAUUAAGAUAUAGUGAACAAAUGAGUAUAUUCUCCGUUAGGUCGUAGUUGAAAGGUCGCAGCUAGUUUAACAUGUCUGCGCCCACGAGCACAUCAUCUUGAAGGAGAUGUGGAGGUCCGUCUGUGGCCUCUCUGUGAGGGCAGCAGAGAGGGCAAUACACAGAAAAUGUUCACGUAGGCUCUAUGCUCACAAUGCGGAAAAACCUCCUCCUCAAUCUACUCCCCGGACCCAGGCGGAGAAAGAGAGGCGGAGGAGAGAUAAGGAGGAGGCCAUACUGAGCAGUCAACACAACAAUGUUGAAGAUCAAGGAAUGAAAUGGAGUGAGAAAGAGAGGAUAGCGUACAGUGUUUCGACACCUCCUGGGGAGAAGAAAGACACCACCCUGCCCUUCCCUUCGUCCUACAGCCCGGAGUAUGUGGAGACCAGUUGGUACUCGUGGUGGGAGAAAGAAGGCUUCUUCACCCCAGAGAUCAAUGACAGACUGCCACAUGCUGUGAAUCGCUCCUUCUCAAUGUGUAUCCCUCCGCCUAACGUGACUGGCACGCUGCACGUCGGCCAUGCACUCACAGUGGCCAUAGAGGAUGCAUUGGUCCGCUGGAGGAGGAUGCAGGGCUACAAAGUUGUCUGGGUACCAGGCUGUGACCAUGCAGGCAUCGCUACGCAGACGGUGGUGGAGAGGAGGUUGUUUAGGGAACGAGGGAAGCGAAGACAGGACCUCAGCAGGGAGGAGUUUCUAAAGGAGGUGUGGACGUGGAAGAAAGAGAAGGGAGAGGAGAUCUAUCACCAGCUGAGGGAACUUGGUGCGUCUCUGGACUGGAGCAGAGCCUGCUUCACCAUGGAUCCAGGCUUCAGCAGUGCUGUGACCGAGGCCUUUGUAAGGCUGUGUGACUCUGGUCUGAUCUAUCGCUCUGAGGGGCUGGUCAACUGGAGCUGUGCUUUGGAGUCGGCCAUCUCUGAUAUAGAGGUUGACUCCAAGCAGCUGUCUGGCAGAACCCUGUUGUCUGUCCCUGGCUACCAGAACAGGGUGGAGUUUGGGACCAUGGUCACCUUUAGCUACCCUAUAGACGGCCAGGAUGGAGAGGUGGCAGUGUCGACCACUCGUCCUGAGACCAUGUUGGGUGAUGUGGCCAUCGCUGUGCAUCCUGAGGACCCUCGAUAUCAGGCUAUUCAUGGUAAACAGUGCAGACACCCAUUCGCUGACCGACUCUUACCCAUCAUCACUGACACUAUGGUGGACAUGGAGCUGGGUACAGGUGCUGUAAAAGUUACUCCAGCUCACGACCACACUGACUUCCUGCUUUCCCAGCGGCACUCUCUUCCUCGCCUCACUGUGAUUGGAGGAGACGGCACAAUGACCCCUCUCUGUGGUCAAUGGCUGGAGGGAGUGAAGCGUUUUGAUGCCAGAGAACAAGUGAUCGAUGCACUGACAGAGAAGAUGCUGUUCAGAGGGAAAAGGGAUCAUGCCAUGUCUUUACCUGUCUGCAGUCGUUCUGGGGAUGUCAUUGAACCUUUGUUGAAGAAGCAGUGGUUUGUGCGUUGUGGAGAGAUGGCCCAGAGAGCCAUACAGGCAGUAGAUGAGGGACAGUUAGAGAUCAUUCCUCACUUCUACACCAAAACAUGGAGUAGCUGGCUCUCCAACAUCAGUGAUUGGUGCAUAUCCAGGCAGCUUUGGUGGGGUCAUCAGAUUCCAGCCUAUCGAGUGACUCUCUCAGAUUCCACUGACACUCAGGAGGAGCUCUGGGUCUGGGGCAGGAGUGAGGAGGAGGCCAGAGAGCGGGCUGCUGGGAAAUAUGGAGUGACUGCUGACGCCAUUACACUGACUCAGGACCCUGAUGUAUUGGACACCUGGUUCUCCUCAGGGCUCUUCCCAUUUGCCAUGUUGGGCUGGCCACAGCAGACAAGUGACCUGAGGCAAUUCUACCCCAACACUAUCCUGGAAACAGGAAGUGACCUCAUCUUCUUCUGGGUGGCCAGGAUGGUGAUGCUUGGCACAGAACUGACUGGGCAGCUACCCUUCAAACAGGUGCUCCUCCACUCUCUGGUGAGGGAUAAGCAUGGCAGGAAGAUGAGUAAAUCUCUGGGAAAUGUCAUCGACCCUUUAGAUGUUAUCUCUGGCAUCUCUCUGGAGAGGCUCCAAGAGAAAGUGGAGGAGGGCAACCUAGACCCCCGUGAGAGCAUGGUCGCCAUGGAAGCGCAGAGGAAAGACUUCCCGAAGGGGAUCCCAGAGUGUGGUACUGACGCGCUCCGCUUCGCACUCUGCUCUUACAAGGCCCAGGGUGAGGACAUCAGUCUGUCCGUGUCCCAGGUGCUGAGCUGUAGACACUUCUGUAACAAGAUGUGGCAGACAGUGAGAUUCACGCUGGGUGUCCUGGAGGACCGAGGGGCUGAACUGGGAACAGUGGAACAGACCUCUCCUCUGAACAGUAUGGACCAGUGGGUUUGUUCUCGGCUCUAUAGCACGGUGCUGCAGUGUGAGCAGGGCUUUGAGAGAUAUGAACUCCACUCUGUUACCGCUGCCCUGCACUCCUUCUGGCUGCACAGCCUCUGUGACAUCUACCUGGAGUGCAUCAAGCCAGUGCUGAGCCAGGACUCUGGCGCCGGGGCAUUGGGUGUGAUCGACACAGUGCACACUGGGAGAGGUAGCCAGAGAGAGAAGCAGGUGGUCAGGGCUGUUCUCUACCACUGUGUGUCUGUCUCUCUGGCCCUCCUCUCUCCCUUCAUGCCCUUCCUCACUGAGGAGCUGUGGCAGAGGCUCUACCUUCUCAAGGGAGAGGGUGGUGAUAGCGCCGGGGCUAGCUUGUGUCUACAGCCAUACCCACAGUCUUCACAACUGGCACACUGGCACUUCCCCCAGGAGGAAGCAGACUUCACUCUGGUCCAGGAAGUGGUGAGAGUAGCCAGGUCCCUCAGGGCCCAGUGUGGCAUGACCAAGGAGAAGCCUGACAUGUGGGCCGUGUGUUCGCCCAGCCAAGCCCAGAUCCUGGUCCACUUUGGCCCAGCUGUACGAACCCUGGGGCGAAUCACCAAGCUCCACCUCCACUGUCCUCAGGGGGCCGGCUCCCUGUCCUUCCCGUCGGCUCCCCCUCCCCCUAAAGGCAGUGCUGUGGGUGUGGUCGACCACUCCUGUCAGUUACACCUCAAUGUUCAGGGCGGUGUGAAUGUGAGCAAACUUAGUCUCCAGCUCUCCCAACGCAGAGAGAAGCUCCUCUCUAAACUGGAACGGUCCCUCUCUCGAACCCGUGUGCCAAACUACUUCCAGAAGGUCCCAGAGCGAGUGAGGAUAGAGACAGAGAACAAAAUCUCAGCCUUGGAGCAGGAGCUGAGGAACAUUGAGGAGCAGCUGUCAGCACUACAGGGACCUCCAAAACACAACUCUGGUCAAAAGUAGUGUACUAUGUAGGGUUUUUCACUAGUUCCCACAGUCAAAGUUAAAUAAAAUUAAAAAAUGCACAUUUUUGUUUUCAUUCAUUUUUUAAAUUGGGGUUAGCCAAUUUAUUUUAAAUUGGGGUUAGGAAUAAGGUUAGCAGUGUGGUUAGGUUUAAAAUCAGAUUUUAAGAAGAGACAUUUUAGAACUAGGCGGGGUUAACAAGUGAUGACCACUGUGAGGAAUAGGACCCUGGUCUAAAGUAGUGCACAACGUAGGGAAUAGGGUGCCAUUUGAAACACAAUAACAGUGAGAGAUGACCUCCCUCUACAUGGACAACUUGACUGUCUACAGUGUCUGUCUGCAGGGAUUGAACUCUGGAUCGGACAUUGAUUAUAUCAAUCAUGGACUACCAGGUUUUCUGCCAUUGAACACCAAGAACUGCAGGCCCUGGAAUAACUACAGUGGUGACCCUACCCCUAAUUACAGUGGUGACCCUACCCCUAAUUACAGUGGUCACCCUACCCCUAAUUACAGUGGUGACCCUACCCCUAAUUACAGUGGUGACCCUACCCCUAAUUACAGUGGUCACCCUACCCCUAAUUACAGUGGUCACCCUACCCCUAAUUACAGUGGUGACCCUACCCCUAAUUACAGUGGUGACCCUACCCCUAAUUACAGUGGUGACCCUACCCCUAACUACAGUGGUCACCGUACCCCUAAUUACAGUGGUGACCCUACCCCUAAUUACAGUGGUGACCCUACCCCUAACUACAGUGGUGACCCUACCCCUAAUUACAGUGGUGACCCUACCCCUAAUUACAGUGGUGACCCUACCCCUAAUUACAGUGGUGACCCUACCACUAAUUACAGUGGUCACCGUACUCCUAACUACAGUGGUGACCCUUGCUUGAAGUCAAGCCAUAUAGGCAUGAAUGUAAAAUAAUACAUUAUUCAAAUAAUACCACUUGUCUGUCAUCAAAAAACAGCAUACUCUAUCCCAGGGUUCCCCAGCCGAAUUUGGCCCGCUGGUGAUUUUUUUGGGGCCCCCAAGUUCCAAGCAAAAGUGUUUAAAUGUUGUUUUUUUUUUUUACAUAAAAGGCUAUAAAACACCAGAAAAUCAGCUGCAAGUUAUUUUAAUUUUGGAAAUGUGUUCCAAAGUAUUCCCACAUAUAAUAGAGAGAUAUGUUAGCGUAUACAAAUGUAAGCAAAGGUUUGACAUGAUUGUUUUAGUCAAAUAUUACACAGAACAAAAAAAAUGUAUGCGACAUGUAAAGUGUUGGUUUCAUGAGCUGAAAUAAAAGAUCCCUGAAAUGUU